AUGAAGUACGGAGUGCCGAUGGUGGCGAUGCCGCUGCAAAACGACCAGGGGACGAAUGUGAGGUUGGUUGAGUAA